GUAGAAGAAUAAGGGAACAUCUCUGACGAACCCCACGACGUUUAUAUUCCAAGCUUGUCAUUUCGUUUAUGAAAUGAUAAGCAGGGACGAACUGACCUGCAAGAUCGCCGCUGGAAGGCAAGCCAUACACUCUGCUGCCUGGAGCAAGAAGCCCUUUGAAAUGAAGCACUGAGCCUGACAUACAACAUGACGCCUACAUCUAUGAGUUUCCCUUUUACCCUCGUUUGAUCCCCAAAAACAUACGUUCAUCCAUGUGCCACUUCUAUCUUACUUCCGCUAGUGAAGUCUAUCAUUGAAGGUCCUUGAAUUUAUAAAUUUGCAAUGCCUUCCAAUUCAGUGAAACCAAGCGCCCCCAACAUCAACACCAAUUCCAAUUCCAGCUUCACCCUCUCCCCUAACAACGAAGCCAUAAAAGCCGACGUCGAAAAAUUGCGCACCAUAUUUGCUUCUAGAAAUAUAACCCCACCCCUCGGCUGGCCCGCCGUCCACGCCUUCGAAUCCAGACAUGACAUAAUCCUCCCAGAGCCAUAUCGGACCUUCGUAGCCGAGAUCGCCAAUGGAUGUCAUGGCGGCCCUCAAGAGUACGGUCUCAAGCCGCUCAGUAAUCGCGGCGACAGAAAUGACCCAGCAGAAGGCCGUCUCGCGUUGCCGUUUCCGCUGACAAAACGGCGGAUAUGGGAGGACGACCCGGAACUUCCUGAGGGAUUCCCAGCAUCCGCCAUUGAUGGAGACGGGGAGGCGGGUAUUUUUGGCCGCGGUUGUCUAGAUCUGGGGACGGAGGGGUGCGGGAUGAAUUGGUAUCUUAUUAUUAGCGGAGAGCAUCGUGGGUAGAUAUGGCAUCUCUCUGGUGAGGGGGCUGCACCUUUCGGCGCGCCGUUUGGAUUCACGAAGGCUCAGCCGGGGUUUGCUGGGUGGGUGUUUCAUUGGGCUGCGGGGGAGAAUUUGAUGUGGGAGAGUGAUGAGGAGGAUGUAGACGAGGAGGAGGGAGGUUUGGGUGCAUGCGCCUGUUUGAAUUCACCCGUGACUGAGCAAUUGACUAUAUCUGUCCAACCAACUAGAGGAUCUGAGAGUAAAGUGUAAUUUAAAAAAGCUUGGGAAUGUAGAAGACGAGUUUUGCAAUUCUGCCAUCUCCCUGCCAUUGUUGCGGAGCUGAAGAUUUAGCAUUUAUUCUAGUUUUAAUGUACAUACAUGGUACAUGUGCAAAAAAUAUCAAAAUAUACAUUUGAUUUGUUUCCA